GGCGGCGUGAACAGCGGCUACCAGUGUGCGGGUUUCUCAGCGGGUCGGGGCAACCCCUUACCCGGCGCUAUGUCCCGGAACCUUCGCACGGUGCUCAUCUUCGGCGGCUUCAUUUCCCUGAUCGGCGCCGCCUUCUACCCUAUCUACUUCCGGCCCCUCAUGCGGCUGGAGGAGUAUCAGAAGGAGCAAGCCAUAAAUCGAGCCGGUAUUAUUCAAGAAAAUGUGCAGCCGCCAGGAAAUGAGAAGGCUAUCACCACCUCGAUUAUGAAAGACAUCUUCAUGCUUUCCAUUCUGCCGCAAGUACAAUAAAUUGCCUCACUGCAGAAGGAUGGCUGGAGAAGAAAACUCUAUGAAGCUGGAUAUAAGAGUACUGUGCACAAGGAUUAAUAUUUCCCUUCUUAAGUAUCAAAAGAACCCUGGAGCAAAUCACACCAUUAGGGAGGUUUUCAUGAUUCGAUUUACUUUCUAAAAAUGAAGCUCUCUCACCCAGCUGUGGUUGAAGGAGAUCUACUUAUUAUUCAGUAUCUACUGCUUUCCCAGCCAAGCUGUGAUGUGAAUGCAAGCAGCCAGUAGACCCGGGAAGAUCCUAGUCUGUCUUGCCAUCCUCCAAAUAGGAAAUUUCAGUGAAAAGCCAGCGUGCUGAGCAGCCUCAUGGGGCUCUUUGGAAACAUUAGAGUUGAUAAAACUCUGAGGACAAGGUACACUGUACUCUUUAAGAAUAACCAGUUCAGCUUAGCCGUCUUGUUGCUGCAUGUUGGAAAAUAAAUAAAUAUGAAGCAAGUUCAAUCCAGUGACUGUGCAUGCAUAGUAGAAAUCAGUGUUGAAUUAACAGAAGUGAAAAUAUGUAUAUUAAAAGGAUCUAUUUUUAAUUCACAGUGGUGUUUUUUUUUUUAAAUCCUACAUAAACUCAUUAAAUCGCACUAAGAAGCA